ACGGGUGAGGAAAAUAAAGAGAGUAGAAGUGUCGCGUGCAGUCACUGCUGGUUUUUUAAAGCAGCUUUGCAUGAAACUCAAGUGAACGAAAGGAGAAAAUGGAGAAAGACAACCUUUCCCUGGUUUUGCACUCUAAAGGCGAUAUAAGGCUGGAACAACGUCCCAUUCCAGAGCCUGGAGCUGAUGAGGUUUUACUUCAGAUGCACUCGGUGGGGAUCUGUGGCUCUGAUGUGCACUACUGGCAGAAUGGACGGAUCGGGGACUUUGUCCUUCAGAAGCCGAUGGUCCUGGGUCAUGAGGCAGCAGGGCGAGUGGUCAAAGUGGGCUCUGCAGUCACUCAUCUCAAACCAGGUGACAGGGUGGCUAUUGAACCUGGAGUUCCCAGAGAAAUGGACGAGUUUUUCAAAAAUGGCCGCUACAACCUAUCACCCACUGUGUUCUUCUGUGCCACACCACCUGAUGAUGGGAACCUCUGCAGAUACUACAAACAUAGCGCCAACUUCUGCUACAAGCUUCCUGAUAAUGUGAGUUAUGAGGAAGGGGCUCUGAUUGAGCCGCUCUCAGUGGGGAUUCACGCAUGCAGGAGAGCCGGAGUUACUCUGGGCAGCUCUGUGUUCAUCUGUGGAGCAGGACCGAUCGGCCUGGUUACUCUGUUGGUAGCUAAAUUCAUGGGAGCCUCUCAAGUGCUUAUAAGCGACCUUUCUGCUGAUAGGCUGGCCAAGGCUAAAGAGUUAGGCGCUGACUUUGUUCUUCCUGUUAAGAGAGAGGAUGUACCAAAGGAUAUGGCCAAACGUGUAGAUGGCAUGCUGGGGGGCAUGCCUCACAUCACCAUAGAGUGUACCGGUGUAGAGAGCAGCAUCCAAACAGCAAUCUAUACCACACGUUCUGGAGGUGUAGUCGUUUUGGUUGGACUCGGUGCUGAAAUGACCACAGUGCCUCUCCUUACCGCUGCUGUCAGAGAAGUGGACAUUCGAGGCGUGUUUCGCUACUGCAACACGUGGCCUAUGGCUAUUUCUAUGCUGGCCUCUAAGCGUGUGAAUGUGAUGCCACUGGUCACACACCGCUUUCCACUGGAGCAAGCUGUGCAGGCAUUUGAGACGACUAGACAGGGCAUUGGGAUCAAAGUCAUGCUGAAAUGUGACAAAAAUGACCAGACCCCAUGAGGAAAGGAAGUUUACUCACUACUCUCCCCAGUCAACAAAGCAACUUAAUCUGGUCAAAUUUUUAUUUUAGAAUUAUUACUGCCUAACCAAUCAUGUAUUUCAUGAAUUUAUAAACAUACUGUAAUGAUAUCUUGGAGAAAUUAAAUGAGAAUUUAUAUAAUCAAGUGUUACAGUAUCUUUGGGCUGCAUUUCUAUACAUUAAGCCUAGAACAAACAAACUGCAAAAAGUUAUAUGUAGUGUAAGCUGGUUUGGCCUGUUCCCACUCAUGUUCCUUUUAUAAGAGAAUGAAUGAAACACCAGAUUUACUGUAUAUAUACACUUGAAUGAAGAUGAUUUUGCUAGCUGUUGUAUGCUGUGAUUAUAACCACCAGGGGGUAACAGAACUCUACAUACUGGAGUAAUGAAUCAUCAUUGGCAGGCGUCACGACUCAACCUCUUGUCUUUUACAGCGCUGGUUCUCAAAGUUGAGUCCAGAAAUCUACAGGUACAGUGGUCUUGAAAGUUUGUGAACCCUUUAGAAUUUUCUAUAUUUCUGCAUAAAUAUGACCCAAAACAUCAUCAGAUUUUCGCACAAGUCUUAACGGUAGACAAGGAGAAGCCAAUUAAACAAAUGAGACAAAAAUAUUAUACUUGGUCAUUUAUUUAUUGCAGAAAAUGAUCUAAUAAUAAUAAUAAAUCCGUACAUUUGUAUAGCGCUUUUCUAGACACUCAAAGCGCUUUACAUAGGAUGCGGGGGGAAUCUCCUCAACCACCACUAGUGUGUAGCAUCCACCUGGAUGAUACGACGGCAGCCAUAGUGUGCCAGAACGCCCACCACACACCAGCUAUUAGUGGAGAGGAAUAUGACAAUUGAAAGGCAUAUGAAAGUAUGCGAUCCUUUGCUUUCAGUAUCUGGUGUGACCCACUUGUGCAGCAAUAACUGCAACUAAACGUUUCCGGUAACUGUUGAUCAGUCCUGCACUUCGGGGAACAGCUUCAACUCUGGGAUGUUGGUGGGUUUCCUCGCAUGAACUGCAUGCUUCAGGUCCUUCCACAACAUUUCUAUUGGAUUAAGGUCAGGACUUUGACUUGGCCAUUCCAAAACAUUACCUUUAUUCUUCUUCAACCAUUCUUUGGUAGAACAACUUGUGUGUUUAGGGUCGUUGUCUUGCUGCAUGACCCACUUUCUCUUGAGAUUCAGUUUAUGAACAGAUGUUCUGACAUUUUCCUUUAGAGUUCACCGAUAUAAUUCAGAAAUCAUUGUUCCCUCAAUGAUGGCAAGUCGUCCUGGCCCAGAUACAGCAAAACAGGCCCAAACCAUGAUACUUCCACCUCCAUGUUUCACAGAUGGGAUAAGUUUCUUAUGCUGGAAUGUAGUGUUUUCCUUUCUCCAAACAUAACGCUUCUCAUUUAAAACAAAAAUUCUAUUUUGAUCUCAUCCACCCACAAAACAUUUUUCCAAUAGCCUUCUGGCUUGUCCAAGUGAUCUUUAGCAAACUGCAGAAGGGCAGUAAUGUUCUUUUGGAGAGUAGUGGCUUUCUCUUCGCAACCCUGCCAUGCACACUAUUGUUGUUCAGUGUUCUCCUGAUGGUGGACUCAUGAACAUUAACAUUAGCCAAUGUGAGAGAGGUCUUUAGUUGCUUAGAAGUUACCCUGGGUUCCUUUGUGACCUCCCGGACUAUUACAAGUCUUGCUCCUGGAGUGAUCCUUGUUGGUCGACCACUCCUGCGGAAGGUAACAAGGGUUUUGAAUUUCUCCAUUUGUACACAAUCUGUCUGACUCUGAAUUGGUGGAGUCCAAACUCUUUAGAGAUGGUUUUGUAACCUUUUCCAGUCUGAUGAGCAUCAACAACUCUUUUUCUGAAAAUGUGUUGUGAAGAUCAGACUUUGAUAGAUCCCUGAAUUUCACCUUCAAAUUAACUGCUAAUCUUAGAGGUUCACAUACUUUCACCACUCACAGAUAUGUAAUAUUGGAUCAUUUUCCUCAAUAAAUAAGUGACCAAGUAUAAUAUUUUUGUCUCGUUUGUUUAAUUGGGAUCUCUUGGUCUACUUUUAGGUGUGAAAAUCUGAUGAUGUUUUUUGGUCAUAUUUAUUCAGAUGUAUAGCAAUUUUAAAGGGUUCACAAACUUUCAAGCACAGCAGCCAGUGGUGGAAAACACAACCCACCAUGAUCAAAGUCACAUUCUUUACCGAGUUCUUAUAGUUAGCCUGUUUAAGCGGUCCCAAUAAUUGAAUGAGUUUAAUCCAAACCACAAUCACUCAAAAACAUAAAUAAAGUCAACUUGGACCGA